AUCUGAUCGGUCGCGUCGGUCGCGUGAUUCUAUGACAGUGCACAACCCCCCCUCCCCCUCAUUGAUUUGUAUUGCAUGAACAGCAAUACAAGCGUCAGCAAGAAUACUGGUUUUGCAUGACAAAUUUGGACAGGAGUGUGGUGCUAUUUGGGCUGCCAGAGCUUGUCAUGCAAACAGUGCCAAGAGCCGAGGCGUAAAUUAGGCACUUUGCAUGACAAAUGAGGGGGAGGGGGAGUUGUGCACUUUCAUAGAUUCGCGACGGGAGCUACACCAACAGGCGGAUGUUUGAGCACCAAGCGGUGUCCACUAUGGGGUUCUCAAAUGUUACAUUCUCAACUGUUACAUAAAUUUGUGAUGCAAGAAUGGGAAAAGUGAAAGGGAGAAGCUUGUACCUGUAGCAUUACAAAUUACGAACAGAUUUAGGCGCUGUUUAGCCCUUCGCAAAUUUGUCAUGCCAAGCAGCUUGAUCGUGUAGAUGAUGAUGGUGCUUUUGCAUGACAAAUCCAUGUAACAGCUGAGAGCGUAACGCUUGAGAACCUCAUAUCCACCUUUUUGGACUUGCAGCCCAUCGAGUUUUGCGUGGUGGCCUUUCCCACGGGGAUCAAAUUUUCCAAAUUGCUCGACAGGAGCAGUAGUCCUGCGCAUCUUCCCCCUGGUGUUCCCGGCAAUCAGCAGCAGGGCACUAGUACUAGCAAAGUGAGCGGCACAACCGCACGAGAAGGCACUCGUGAUAAAAAUUCCGCCAAUAGCAAACAGGAACAGUCGGAGAGCAUCAAAAAGUCCCCCGCCCACGCCGAUCUUUUGCGUUUUCAAGUGGAAUCCAAGUCGAUCUUCAGCUUGUCCCGCUAUGAGGCCAGCAUUUUGCUGAAUCAAGCAGUGGCCAAAACGAAGCGAAAACUGGACCUGGAACCGGCACAACUGCUCGACCAAAUCUGUGAAAAUAGCCCCGACCUUGUUCCGCCGCCCGCAUCAUCUUCAAAAAGGGCCACGUCAUCAUCCUCAGGAAGAAACAAAAAGCGCGGAAACAAGAAAGGA